UAUCAUGAUGGGCUCGAAGGGCCAAGAGACACUUGCAGUUAACCGGUGGGCCAAUGAGACGUUGCAACGACGCUAUGGGGAAAAGACCAAUGGGAGCAACGCCCAAGUGUGCCAUUGGGUCCGUCAGGCUCCAAAUGUCCGAUGUACUAGUGUGGAGACAUCGUGGACCCUCGUGGAGCGACUCGACCUCGACGAAAAUGACGCCGUUGUCCAAUUCGGAUCUGGUUUGGGCACCAGCUGCUUGCAUCACGUCUGCAAGUUGGCACCACCGAAUGCCGGAGGAUCAUUGUUCCAAGACGAAGCUGUCCCUUGAUGAUGCCUGAUAUUGGACAAUGGACCAGGCCAUUUCCUGUUGGAACUGGGAAACGAGGCGACCUCAUGGACAUUUUCCGACUUGAUUGACAAUGGACGUUUUGUGUUUCAACUUUGCUGCAGGUCAUUGAUGAGGGCCUCACGUGCUAGUCGUAGCGAACCAACGACUGCAGUAGCCCCUCCCUCCCCCACCCAACGACUGGUGAAGCAUGCAUCUUUUUCUUUCCCCGCACUUCAAGACCAGAACCAAGGCCAUUCCCUGUCGGUAUCAGCAUACACAAUGAGUCGAUGGCAUCUAGAGACUUGCAUGUCACCUGAUGUGGUGGUGACUGGUGGAACACACAUCUACUGCAUGAUAUGCAACCAAGCACCAGACAUUGACAAGCUUGUUGCCGACCCUGGUCAUCAGAAUCCCACAGCACCUUUCAUUCCGCCGGAUGAGCCGUACGGCGCAUACAACCUUUCAUGGCCGCCGGGCAUUCCCUAUAGAAGGACUGGGCGGCAUAUCACAAGGGAAGAACCAGCGGACCGAAAUGAAGCAGAGAACAGCAACUCCUCAGAGGGCUUGGUCAGUAACAUCCAAGUUAGGACCGCGUAUGAGAAGGCAUUGGGUCCGGAUGCGUUCCGACUCAUUUGCCUUCCAAGCACGGACGAUGUGAAUACACCUAUUCACUUGACGCUCGAGACGUAUGGCGAUGUGCGCUAUCCGGAAUACGAGACUGUGUCGUAUACAUGGGGCGGAGAAGAUGAAGACGGAACCCUUUGCAAACCAGUCUUUGUUGGGCCUUACUGGGACGUGUUGCUGCAGACCAAAAAUUGUUGGGAAAUGCUGAGAUUCCUCAGACCUCGGCGAGGUUGUCGCUUGGUCUGGGUUGACGCCAUCUGUAUCAACCAGCUGGACUCGCUGGAGAGAGCAACACAGGUGGCGAAGAUGAGAUCGAUUUACAAAAACAGUCGACGAACGGUUGUUUAUUUGGGCCCUGAGAUCAGUCCUAUCACCACACAUGCCCACCCAGUCCGACUCUCAGCAAGAGAGGCAGUCACCUUGUCGCGAGGAGGGGAGACUGAGCUCAUCGGUUUGGGCGGCAAAGUAAACUUGGGGCAGUUGCUUCUGUGUCGGUACUUUAGUCGCAUCUGGUUGUUUAGCCUCCUGGGUCUAGUUCCUAACAACAAUUUAACGCCAGAUUACGGAAUUUCCCGGAUGCACGCGCAGAUAGGAGUUGCCGCACACUCGCUGUUCCGCCUUGGUUCCUUCGAAAACUUCUACAUAGCUCCCACUCAGCAGAGAGAACGACCCGACAAUUAUCCAUCUUGGGUGCCCUACAGAGCUCGAACAGGGGGAGCAGCACGAGUGUCAUGGACAUCCCAGGAACCAGAACGUGUUCUCCAGGAAUUCUACGAGGCUCUGAAGCGCCACUUUGAUAAGUCUUAUUCAGGCCGUCAUGCAAUCUAUCAGCCGGAAGAAGAUAAUGAAUCAACACUUUGGACGGCCGAAGCUACCAUCGAUGUAGACACAGCAGCCUUGACCCUUAAAGCGACGCAUUUGGCGACAUGUACGGAUGUGCCUGUUGAGGUUCCUUUUACCAAGGAGAACCAUUUCAGGUCACGUACUGAGAGGGAACCCAAAUGGAAGGCCUUUGUGGUGCGGUCUAACGAGAUGGAGAUGUAUCUUCUCUCAAACCGGAGCAGUGCCCUUGAUAAAGUAGUUGAACCAUUCGACCACAUCUACUGGCUGCACAGGGAUUAUACAAAGGAAGAAACGCCAGGGUUCUUGAUCCUGCGUCCCAUAAAAGGACAAGAGGGGAAACGGUUUCGGUUGGUCGGCUUUUGUAGCCAGGUGUUGUUUGUCGAGGUCUUCGUUGCCGGACGGAAGACUGUCCCAAACAGGCAACCAAACAGGGCACGCAGUAUCGCUAUUCAUUAUCUUUCUUCCUCUAAUCUUCAGAGAGGAUUGAAGCGAGCUGUGGAUGAUGCUGUCGCCAAGUUUGGAUGUUUAGAGGAAUUGUUUCCAGGCGUAGUCACACCACAGGGUCAGCUGUGGAGUUUCUUGGCCUUGAUGAAGCUGGCCUCCUGGCCAUCGGAGCCGUUCACUUUCUUUUCGGAAUACCUGAGCCACCUUGACUCAAGAUACGAUGGCGUGGUUACCAAGGAAAUGAGGAGACUCGAGGACGACCAGCACGAAGUCGAGGUCCUUACCAUCACCGUGCCAUCCGCCGACAUAUCCAAGUUUGUGUUAUCAUGGGGAUACUUGCGCCCUCCUUUCGUCAAGUUUCAGCAGCUACAAUCACGGGAGGACCAAGAUAUACCAUGGGACGAAAGCAGAGUUGUUGUAGUGGAAACUCUCCAGGAAGAUGAUGUGCUGCGGCUCCGGGCUGAACUAAGCGCCAAGGACCUGGCUGACCUAAGGAGAAGCGGGAAGCGUGACAGUUCGGGGCCCGGUGAGCAGCAAAUCAGCAAUGUAAUUUCACCGGAGGCUCAGACUGUCUGGAAAUACUUUCAAGAGCUGGAAAAGGCGCGCUGGGCGACAGGAGGAAUGGGCAUCCAGGAGAUGGUCGGACUUGUUCAAUCUGGCCAAGACACAAGUUCAAUGGCUUGUCCUGAAUGGCCGGCUGAUAUCGUGGAUGCGUUUCAGGCCCAGGGCAACACUUUACAAAUCACGAUUGUGUAG